UUUUGGUUUCCUACAACUUUGAAUUAUUAUUUUCAAACAGGUAGGAAGAAUGAUGAACAUGUGGUAUUAGUGAAGGAUUAUAGAUCUAAAGUUGAAUCUGAACUAAGUGAUGUUUGUGCUGGGAUUUUGAAGAUUUUGGAUCAGCACUUGAUACCUUUAGCUAAUGCUGGUGAAUCGAAAGUGUUUUAUUUGAAGAUGAAAGGAGAUUAUUAUCGUUAUUUAGCUGAGUUUAAAGUUGGUAAGGAACGUAAGGAUGCUGCUGAGGAUACUAUGCUUGCUUACAAAGCUGCUCAGGACAUUGCUCUUACGGAGCUUGCCCCAACACAUCCGAUACGACUUGGGCUAGCUCUCAAUUUCUCAGUGUUCUACUAUGAGAUUCUGAAUGCAUCAGAAAAAGCAUGCAACAUGGCUAAACAGGCAUUUGAGGAAGCUAUCGCUGAACUGGACACUUUGGGUGAGGAAUCCUACAAGGAUAGCACCCUUAUCAUGCAAUUACUAAGGGACAAUCUCACUCUCUGGACUUCUGAUAUGCAGGAGCAGAUGGACGAGGCUUGAUAUGAAACUGUUCCUCCAGGAGGUGGGCUCAAAUGUCACUCAGCAGUCUGUAAUCUACAUAUGUGACUGAUAGCUUUUGUAUUUGAUAUAUCCUGCCUACUUUGAUAAUUUUCUUGUUCAAACUUUUGUUUGAUACUUUUGAUGAUUUUAAUUUUAUUUCUCUAGCUUCCCUUUGGUUAA